AUGCAGAGGCAUCUUUGUCUUCUUUGGAGUUUGGCUCUUCUGGCUGCAACCCAGGACGUGACCCAAGUGGCCAAAGAGUUUCUGGAACAGUUUAAUGCGCAGGCAGAAGAUCUAUCUUAUGAAAACUCACUCGCUUCAUGGGAUUACAAUACCAACAUUACAGAAGAGAAUGCCAGGAAGAUGAAUGAAAUGAACUCCAGGUGGUCAACAUUUUAUGAAGCAGCCUCCCAAAAUGCCAGUGAUUUUAAUGUGAAUAGCAUUUCUGAAAAUCUUGUCAAACUCCAGAUUCAGUCUCUGCAGGACAAAGGAUCAUCAGUGUUAUCAGCAGAAAAACAGAACAAACUGAACAUAAUUUUAAAUAAGAUGAGUACCAUUUACAGUAUUGGGACUGUGUGCAAGCUGGCAGAUGCCUCUACGUGUUUGCCCCUGGAACCAGGUCUGGAUGUUAUAAUGGCUGACAGCACUGAUUACUCAGAGAGACUGUGGGCUUGGCAAGGCUGGAGAGCUGACAUUGGCAAGAAAAUGAGGCCUUUAUAUGAAGGCUACGUUGAACUGAAGAAUGAGGCUGCAAGGGGGAACAAAUAUUCUGACUAUGGAGAUUACUGGAGAGGGAAUUAUGAAACAGAUUAUCCGGAGGAUUAUCGAUACAGUCGCGAGCAACUGAUAACUGAUGUGGAAGAGACAUUUAAACAAAUAAAACCUUUGUAUCAGCAGCUGCACGCUUAUGUGAGGAGUAAUCUGCAGAAAAUAUAUGGCUCAGACCUCAUUGACUCAAAAGGGUGUCUUCCUGCUCAUUUGCUUGGUGACAUGUGGGGAAGAUUUUGGACAAAUUUAUAUCCCUUAAUGAUUCCUUAUCCAAAUAAACCGAAUAUUGAUGUGUCUUCGGCAAUGGUUGAUAAGAACUGGAAUGUAACAGCUAUAUUUAAAGCUGCUGAGGAGUUUUUUGCCUCAAUUAACCUCUACAACAUGACGAAGGGCUUCUGGAAAAAUUCUAUGCUUGAAGAACCUAACGAUGGCAGGAAAGUUGUCUGUCACCCCACAGCCUGGGAUAUGGGAAAAGGAGACUACAGGAUCAAGAUGUGCACUAAAGUGACUAUGGAUGACUUCCUGACAGCACACCAUGAGAUGGGGCACAUUGAAUAUGAUAUGGCCUAUGCCCAUCUUCCUUAUCUGCUAAGAAGUGGUGCCAAUGAAGGAUUCCAUGAAGCCAUAGGAGAGAUCAUGUCACUUUCUGCAGCCACACCAAGCCAUUUGAAAUCCCUCGGUCUUUUGGAUCCUAACUUCCAGGAAGAUGAUGAAACGAAGAUUAAUUUCCUGCUCAAACAAGCCCUCACUAUUGUUGGAACGAUGCCUUUCACAUACAUGCUAGAGAAAUGGCGGUGGAUGGUGUUUGCUGGUACGAUCUCAAAAGAACAGUGGAUGAGAAAAUGGUGGGAAAUGAAGCGAGAGAUAGUGGGUGUUGUUGAGCCAUUGCCUCGUAACGAGGCAUACUGUGAUCCCGCAGCUCUGUUUCACGUUGCCAAUGACUACUCUUUUAUAAGAUAUUACACAAGGACUAUUUAUCAAUUCCAGUUUCAAGAGGCGCUUUGCAAAGCUGCUAAUCACACGGGUCCUCUUUAUGAAUGUGACAUUACAAACUCCACAGCAGCUGGCCACAAGUUGCGGGACAUGCUUUCCUGGGGAAGAUCUGAGCCUUGGACCAAGGCUUUACAAAAUGUGACAGGAGAAAAGACAAUGAACGCAACUGCACUGCUUCUCUACUUCAAGCCUUUAUAUGAGUGGCUGGUAAAGAAUAACACCAACAGAUUUGUUGGUUGGGAUCCAAACUGGUCUCCAUAUGAAAACUAUUCAAUCAAAGUGAGGAUCAGCCUGAAAACAGCGAUGGGAGACAACAGUAUGUACACAUGGGAUGAAAAUGAAAUGUAUUUAUUCACGGCAACAAUUGCCUAUGCCAUGAGGAAGUACUUCUUGCUGAAGAAGAAUGAAAUAGUAGAAUUUCGAAGUGUAAAUAUCCAUGUAUAUCGUGUGACACCAAGAGUCUCCUUCCAAUUUAUUGUCACCAUGCCUAAUAAUGAUUCAGACAUUGUUCCCAAAUCUGAAGUGGAAGAAGCAAUCAGUUUAUCUCGUGGGCGCAUCAAUGAAGCUUUCCAACUGAAUGACCGAACUCUGGAGUUUAUUGGCCUUGCUCCAACAUUGGCACCACCUUACACACCUCCAAUCACUGUUUGGCUGAUAUUAUUUGGAAUCGUCAUGGGCGUUGUUGUGGUUGCGAUCAUUGUCUUGGUGAUCAAGGGACACAGAAGCCGAAAACAGAAAAGAAGGGCAACCAAAAAUGAAUUACUCCAAACAACUGCAGUGAACUCUCAUGACAGCAGUGGAGAAAAGAAUCUUGACAGCAGUGGAGAAAAGAACCCAGCUUAUCUGCAAGAUGAUGAGUGCAUAUCAACAUUUUGA